GUGCUUUCCGCCUGCUCUUGUCAUCGUGAAGUACAUCAAGGCAAUGACAGUCACCCUGUUGCUCUCCCGCCGAGCACGCAACAUAUUCUCGCCUAGGUACCCGACUACUUAUUUUCAAUUUCGCGCUACAUACUGCCAGCCACCAAACCACCAGAGGUUCGACUGCACUGAGUGAGUCACUGGCGAUUUGACAUCGUCGACGUACUAGCUUCCCGACGAGAGUAGCUCGAUGGCAAAUCCGCCCUCGAUUCCAGCCGAACAACCACAAUGAAUGAAUCCAGGAACCCGGAAGCGGCAGCAACACCCACGUGAAAAGCCACCAGCACGCCACCCAUGGAAGUUGCCACGCGACCGACACUGCAAAAAGACCACCCGCCCACCCACAUUCCCGCAACGCGAUGGAAGUGGGCAUCCCUCGCGACGCCAAUCGCACACUCGGACCACACCUUGCACAGUACCAUGGCGGGAUGGCAGGCACCCCCAAACAUGCCCGCGGAGAAAGUGGCUUCAACAUCGCUUCGCCGGUUGCACCAGCGCGUGCCAAAAUCCCAGGGUCUCUGAUGCCGAAUCGAAGCUGUGCCGAGGGACGGGACGUCUGGGCCUGACAACCAGGAAUCCAGACAGCGCUGGUGGCCCGGGCCCAACGAUGAGAUGCUCUCGCCAGCUCUCCCUCGUCUGCUCUCAAUUCCCCAGCCGAGCGCAUCGCAGCACGGGUGCUCGAAAAGAGGGGAAAUUGCAGCUUGGCCUAGACACACAUAUCCAACAUGUGGACAGGUCCGUCGACGCCCGGCCUCUUCAAUCGGGACCAUCCCGAGGCCCCCCGGCCUUGACUUCAAGCGAAGACAGGACAACAAAGUGUGUGUAGUGCGACGACUCGACAGCAACGAACCAGCAAAGAACUGUGCGCCAAUGCUCCCUGAGACCUUGGGGGCGCCGUAACAUACGACGACGACAGCUGCGGCAAUGUUUUCUCCAUCCGGCUCUGGAAAGACGGCCGGUCCGAGUGGACACCAAGCAAAGCCGCCCUCCCAAGAAGCUUGCGGUCGUUCCAGAGGGCUCAUGAGGAACACGAACGAUACACACACCGACAAGGGCGUGUAUGUCUCGCAUUGUCUUCCUUCCCUUGCUUCUGGAAUGUCCCAUAAAUGCCAUCAAAGUUUUCCGCUGUUGCUCCGCACGACUGGCAUUAGCAUCGAGCUUCGGGCAGCGAGCACCCCCCGCGACGAAAGCUACGACUGGCGUCUUUUGUUUAGGGGGGCGUCCAGUAGGGAUGUCCUUUCGGAAGGGACAGAGCCGACUCAUACAGAUAACAGACGCUCGCUCUGGUUGUCCUAAGCUCAGUGGCCCUUACCCUUCUCAGGAUGCCCCCAGUUUGCCUGUUUCGACUUUGGACCCAAAAUAGACGUUCCCAAAGUACCCCUCAAUCCCCAACCUUAUUUUCCUUUCCCUGCUUCAUUUGUUCUUUUGUACAUUCUCGUCUGUGCCAGAAAUCAGACACACCUCGUAUGUCUCUGGAUGUCUUUGGUAGGCUUGGUCGAGGCAACAGACGAGAAGCGAAAGGUCAAAAAUAAGCUAUUUGGAUCCUAUCCAUCUGUUGCAGUGCACGGCGUUCUUCCCAGAUUUUUGGGGAUUGUCUCACCUCCAACGACAUGCAGAGGUCAGCGCCGGCACUCGGCUGAUGGGGUGCUUUGUUUUUAGUGGACAAUCACCCCUGGGUCCUGUCGGACUCGAGACACGCUGGACAGGCUGUGACGCCCCCAGCUUGGCGUCGACGGCAAAACGCCCCUGGCUUGGCUCAUGUGGCCAUCUCUUUUCCAGGUUCACGUGUUUCCUUUUUGUCUUGUCUUAGAGUGAAGUCACUACCAAGUAAGUCUCCGUGUCUGCGAACUUCGAAGUACAGGUACACCGAGCCAAGGACCCGGGACCACCGAAGAAGGAGACGAAGAAAAAGUUCGCAGGGAAAGAGAGGUAGGCGGUGCCCUCUGUGUCACGUACCCCAAAAGCCAGUUCAGACAACUAGCCUGGCAUCUAUCCUGUGUAUGUUUUUUUUUUUGUCUCCUUCUCGUCUUUCGGCGCCACACAGGGACCCAGGACUGAAUACGUUUCCCCCUCUCCCGCGCCCACGUCGUGGGGAGGUCGUCGUCCCAUGUUACCCAAUAUGCUACCACUACGCCAUGGCCAUCGGCAGGUUCCACCUCUCAUACCCCCUCCCCGAUACCUAGUCUCUGUAAGGAGUAUACUGUGUACUGUGCACUACGAGCGAAAGCUGCACUGGCCCUGAGGCGUGCGUCGUGCAGAGUUCAGUAGGUACAUACCUACAUUGGUACUGGCCUAGUCACCCCUGUGCCUGAGUGCAGUUCCCUUCUUCCUGUCUACACCACCCACACGCUAAAAACCAGUGCUGUCUUUUGCCAGGUCGCCCGCCUCCAGCUCAUCUCAACACACCCUCAAUCGAUCCCAUCGCCUUACCCUCCAUCACCAUCACCUGCCAAAUCUUCUUCCUUGCAGAAUCGUCCUUCUACAAAUUCUGGCAAUCAGGGUCGCCUAGAAGCUUUAAUCAAUCUUGGCCGCAUAUUAUUUCUCCGCAUCCUCCUCGUUUCGACCAAGAUUGCACUGCCCGCACCGCAUCACCCUGCGCCGCGCGCAAUCUUCUGAACCAUAUACGGACGUGACGGAUACCGCACUACACACGCACGCAGCCUAGCCAGAGACACGCCCCCAUCGACAUUUAGCAUCCGUGCCGAAGAAAGUGACUUCCUCCACCAAACACCGACUCGCCCCUCCUCUUCUGCCGACUGGGACACGUUUUCCACAAUCAACGUCGUCGUCCCAAGCCUCCGCCCAGAACCGGCGCCACACGAGCAAAUUAGCCUUGGUCGGAAACUGUUCUGGCCCCAUCCGCUGGUGCCCGUCGCUGUCGUUCCACCCACGCACGUCUCCCGACACCCGAUUGACCGACGAACGUGGACUCGACUAACCACGUCCCAUCCCCGUCGCUCUCCCACCGCGCGACCUUCCGACACUAAUACUUGCUAGACUCGCCCAUCUCACUCCACCUCUUGCGCAUUGAUUUCAAAAGCUUCCACCCCUACUAUCCAUCCCCCCGUCGUCAACCGACUCUCGAACCAACGAUUCCCCCGCCGCUCCAUAUGUUCGAUGUCUCUGGCCGCCUCACCUAGCCCCCCCAAAUCCAGAGCCGAAUCAUGAGCGCGGCGACCACCACCUACAGGUCGACAUCAACAAUACUCUCCGCUAUAGUCUAGCACUGGAUGGAUCGCUUGCUCGACUAAGCCGCGCCCGCCUCCGCAACUUCGUCAACCUCCUCUUCUGUUUCAGUCGCUGCGAGUCCACUUGCAAUCGUCGCCGCAGAUGAUUUGGUAUCUGUUGUAUCCUUUGCGAGGAACGACGGAAGCUCCUGCCUUGAACCCGAACCACCCUCUCCGCCGAGCCUUCGCGCGGUACGGUCGAUACGCCGCGAGACACGUUGUAUCGACCCUAAUUAUCUCCGUCGCCGUCGCCGCCAUCCUCAUAUACCCCUUUCCGUACCUGUACACCUCGGAUUUGAGCAAUGGCGCCUCCAACCUCCCCCACCAUGUAUGGACUGCUGCGCAGCCACUCAAGGAAAACAGCACGGAGUCCGACGUCAUUAUGCGGUCCAUAUGGGUCCACGGCAGCUACAUGAAGGCUUUGGAUCGCGACAUCCUGCUCGGUGCUCUUGAACUGCAGGACGAACUGCUCGGGUCCACCAAAGAUUUCAGCCCGCGGCGGCCCGUCACGUCCCUUCGGGCCUACGACCCCCACGUAGAUCUCGCCCCUGGAGACCGGGAUGCUUUUCACGUCGUCAAUGGCCUUACCAAUCAGUCGUGGUUCUUCCACUCGCCCCUCCAGUACUGGGCCUGCUCCACGGAGCGCAUUUCCGCCGACGCGGACAUCGUUUCCACGGUCAACGCGAGGAAAACCCAGCCGACGUCGGUCAAUGUUACUCUCAGACAUUCCAUCGUCUUCAGUGGCAAGCGCUUCGAGGACAGAAAACUCUUGGCAGCCGAUGCCCUCGUCAUCACGCUGAUUCAUCUGCGUGAUUCGCCCGUCGGUCGUCAGUGGGAGAGAAAGGCCGAAGCACUCGCGACUCGGAUGAAGGACCAAUGGACCGCCUACCCGGCAGACGGAAAGAGCAUGUCCAGCCAGUUGUACGAGUUUCAGUUCAUGCCCAUAUCCGUGCAAGAUACGGUAAUUCUGGCGCUCGCGUACGGCCUCGCGGGCCUCUAUUUCCUUUAUAGCCUCUCUAAGCUGAGGGCUGUCAAAUCCAAGUUUGGCUUGAUAGUCACUGUCUUCGCACAGGUCGUCGUCUCAAUCAUGUCUAGCUUUACGGUCUGCGCCAUCUUUCGCGUCGACUUGUCUGGCAUUCCUCAGGCGGCGUAUCCCGUCGUGGUUCUCUCGAUGAGCCUCGAAAACAUAUUCAGACUCAUCAACGCCGUCAUUAUGACUCCUUCGGAGAGCAGCACGAGCAGUCGGAUCAGUCGCGCGUUCGGGGAAACAGCACAUGUUGCGUUGGCCAGCUCUACGCAGAACGUCCUCAUCUUGUGGGGCCUGUCCAAGAUUGUCUCGCCUGGCGUAUCCGCAUUCUGUACCUUUGUGGCCGUUGCCAUUCUCUUCGACUUCUUCUACUUGUCGACAUUUUUCCUGGCAGUCCUCAGCGUCGACGUACGGCGGACAGAGCUCGGUGACGCGCUUGCCAAGGCCUCGUUGAAGAACAACAGAUAUGGCCAGGAGCAGCCGCUGAAGAGGAGCUGGCUUGAGGCGAUGUUGCAAGGCAAGAUUGCUCUGUCAACACGCAUCGCCGGUACGGUCAUUAUGAUCACUUUUGUUCUCAUUGCACAGUGGCACUUUUUCGAGAAUGACACAUUCAUCCGACUCUUGCGGGGGCUUUUCAAGGUUUCCAGAGACACUGUCAGCUUCAGUCAGCCAAAGAAUUCGCUGCUAGUCGAUAUCCACCAAGCGCGAAGUCCGACAUCCUGGCUUCGCCUUCAAGAUCACGAAAGCGCGCGUGAGGUUAUCAACGUCAUUAAGCCGCGGUCCCAUAGUUACAUCGCUCGGGUAUACGACCCUCUGGUAUUCGUCCUUAACGGCGCGGACCGCACGCCCGUUGCGCCAGAGCGUCCCCUACUGCCGGCUCUGUACGACUUUAUCGACCAUCACCUGAAACACUUCCUCGUCACCGUGCUGUUUAUUCUCUCUGCCGUCCGUCUCCUCAUGAACUACCUGCUUUGGGGAGACGAUACUGAGUCGAGACGCAACGACGACAUGAGCGACCAACCACUCUUGGCGAUUGAAUCUCUCCCUGAAGCACACUCAUUGGAUGUCGUACUGAUGUCGUCCUCGUACGACGGGCACAUCAUCUCGGUUGGGCUGGACCGCGCAAUCCGGGUGUGGGAUGUCCGAUCGGGGGUAAGGGACUACUCGCUUGCUGACAUCGAGCCGCCGCCUGAAAACCCGUUCCCGGUUCUGGCAGUCGCCACGGACAAGAAAUCCAGCUGGUUGGCUUUGUUGUCAUCCAACAAGGUCUUCCUCUGGAACCUUGUCGAGCAUCGUUGGGGUCAUCCGGUUCCGGUUGAACUGAAUGGCCAGAAGCCUGAGGGCUUUUUUUUCGGUACUCCAACUUUUGACUUCGCCAGUCCGCUUGUCAUUGUCCGCCGAAACGGCUCCAUGACCCAGAUCGUCCCCGGCAUGAAGGAGCCGAUGGAGUUUACAAUUUGCAAGAGUCCCUUGAUCUCGGUCCGGCCGCUCGUGCAAAAGAUUGCGCCACAAGGCUCUUCGCAGCUGUCGAUACUGACAGCGUCAAGAAAGGGGUGCAUCCAUGUAGCAACCCAGCAAGGGAAUGAUACGUGGGAAUCACAGAGCCUCGACCUUCAUUUUAACGAAGAUCGAGAUGCCCAUCAGGUUGUACCGCUCUCGGCCCUCGGGUCGUUUUUGGUCGCCAGGUCCCAGACAGUGGAUCUCGUUGAUGCGAGGUCCAAAAAUCUCCUUCACACGUUCGAAACGGAGCCUAUCCAACCACGGUCGUUGAGGUGCUUUCACUCCUCGCGACGGAAACCGCAAUGCGGAUCGAUCGGGCUCGGUUCGUUUGGCAUCGCGUACAAUCACGCCGAGUCGGGCGACUGCAUCAUGCACACCUUCACACCCAAGGAGGAAGGCAACGUCAUCUGUUUCCGCAACACGAGCCUUCCGCCUAGUCGUAGCUGCAGCGUAUGGUCUGAGACGAUCGAGUCGAAGCGUCAAAUCAGCAAUCCAGGCACGUGGGAGGCACUGCCCAACGGCUUCCUUGUGGGUGUGCGGAGGGACGCUUAUGACGGCGGAUCGAGCAGCGGCGAGUCAUCCCCGACAACUAGCAGCGGUCUCCGGCGCAGGAUGUACCAGCGGCUGGAGAAGCGAUCGAGCAAAUCGCCGGACAGUUGGGAGGUCUGGAUCGCUUCACAACUGGGACGGGAGGAGAUUUACGAAACAAGGCCGCUUCAUGCCGACUAUGAGAUCGGCUCACAUCUCAUUAUUUCAGAACUUGGUCCGAUGGUCAAGGUCGGCACGGCGUCGGCCGCAAUUGGUUUCGGCAAUGUCAUCAAGCUCAUCACGGUUGGGCAUCAGCAUUUCGAGGACCUGGCCGAAAAUGAAAACGGGGAGGCUCUGCACAUUGGCAGUCGACGACGUAAACCGGCAGCGGUUACGCAUGCUCGUAUGGAUAUCCAGUCAUGGAUUUGAAUGGGGGGUUUUUUUUUUUUUAAAGCGGUAGUCGAACUUUUGGGACAGAUGGUUCCAUCGACCGGAAGGCACACUUUUCUUCUUUUUCAUAUACCCAGGAUCAACAAGGGAGUUGGGCAUUUUUAUUUGAUAUUUACCUUUCAGAAAUUGUCUAAAUUUCACUCCGCCAUCUGAACCGGAAGGGGGGGUUUAAUUGAACGAUUCCCCGUUUCAUUCAUUGCUUGGAUGCCUAUCGAGACGUCAGAUGUCAAUUUGGUCAACUUUUCAAACGGUAACGCAACAAACUCGUCGAUUUGAAGGAAGGAGAACUAGCAAGUGAACCAUACAGUUUUGUUUUUUUGUGUUUUUCUUUUGUCUACAAGGCAUGACCUGCAACACUAACCCUCUUAACAGUGCACCUCUAUCUAGCCCGUUUUACAUUCUGAUGUCCCAAUUCGGUAAAGAAUGCCCAACAGCGUGGAGAAUCUGGCCGGCAGACCUCACUUCAACCGUGCUCAGCAAGAGCCUCCUCUACAACCAUGAAUAGCUAUCGCUCAGGGGUGGCUCAAUGUACAGGCAACAGCUAUUUGAACCUUUAGUAAAGGCUAUCUAAACCCUCGCGGCCGCGUGCCGCUUGCAGAGACGUGAUGCACUAGCAGUAUUAUAAGAAGCACUGAAAACAAGCGCGACGGCGCCCCAAAACACCCAAGAACAGCCUUCCGCCCAACUAACCUUCUCAUCGUUGAACUGAACAACGUUGGCGAGGUCGAUCUUGUCGAUUUGUAUACCCGCCAGCGAAGUCUCCGGGAACGAGUUAAGGAAGAGGACGUCGUCAAACAGGGGGAUGAAAUAACGAAUUCGCAAGCCCGCAAAGGGGUUUUUGAGGCUGGUGAGGGAUUGCAUUUGCUCCCCUUGCUUCACGACGUCUCGCGCGUGGUCGUAUUGGCGCUUGCAGACCUCGACGACCGCAGCCUCGAGAGCUUCUCCAGACAAGCCUUGCGAGCACUCGAGUCGGCGCGAAAUGGUAUUGACCAGCACCGCCGCCGACUCUAUCGCGCCAUUUCCGCCCUGGGCCAUAAUGGGAUGUACCUGGCAGCCACGGUUAGCUGGCCGCGGCCAAGCCUGCGCAUUGUUGUCUCUCCACCACUGGUGGUUUUACCUGCUUUGUGGGCAGAGUCCCCAAUGGUGAAGAUCCUUCGGAAAUGCCAUAGUGAAAAGACGUGCUCCUGCAGGGGCACCAGCGUGGCGAUGUAGCGGUUGGCGUCAAGGCCCCAGAAGGUCGCCGUCUCGGUUAUGUUGUCAUCAAGGUACUGGCCAGCGAAGUUGGCAUUAUCCUCGGCCGUGUACCUAGGUAUGUUGGCGCCGUUCGCAGUCGGCGCGGGGCUGAAGAAAAACCAGUACACCCGGUCUCCCGGCGCCGAACCGACCAGGUAGCCCCAGCUCUUGUAGAAAAAAAUGUCCUGCGUGUGGUGAGGGAACGUCGCCGGCCGCGAGGAGAUGCCGAAGAUGCACUAAGUGUUGGCUUUGAGCUCUGGGAGAAUUUGGCCGUUAGCCGGGAAGGGGUUCCAACCUCUUCUGCCAACAAGGGGAAGGGGCUGGACACUGAGCACUUGACUCUUCGUCUGGAGAAAACAUGCCGGGGCUCGUCUUGUCGGCGAGCCGCCACAUCUCCUUCCGAAUGGUGCUGUAAACCUGUCGGCGCCGAUCAAAAAGUCGCCGGCGUAGGUGCCGCCGUCUUGUGUUUGGACCUGCACACCGACGGCGGUGGCUUCGACGCCCGUGACGCGUUUGCCGGCAGGGAUCUUGUCCUUGUCCUUGAUGCUAUUGUGCAGAACCUGGAGAAGGAAUUGCCGAUCUACGAAGAUGCGCGGGUAGCCGGUCCUGUAAAUUCAGUGGGCUUAGCAUCGGAAACGUCGUUUCGUCCAUCGGGAGGAGGAGAGAGGUUCGCAUCAUCCCAGCGGGGGUUUGCAUACUUCUCCUCCAACCGUUCCGAGAGGCUAGUGGACUGUUUCUUUAUGAGAGGACGGCCGUCGGCACCUCGCAAGUUUGUGUGGUUGUAAAGGUCAACCGCAUUGUCCCGGAUGGUUUCGUAGCAGCCGAUCUGGUCGAGGAUGCGCAAGCCGUUGGGGAGCAGGCCGAUGCUGGCACUGGGCUGGGGCGCGAUGGUUUCGUGCGCCUUGAGAAGCAUGUAGUCAAUGCCGAGCUGCUCCAACAUAUUGGCCGGAGACAGCCCUGUCACGCUGUCUUCCACGAUGAUGGCUCCGGGUCCCAUGUUUGAUGUGAUAUUGACGGGGUCUCGGAAACGUGUAGGGAUCGAUAGAAGAGGAUGGAGGACAUGAAGACGCUUGACUUUGGCUCAGAGGGCUGUUACUGUGUCCUUCUCCUAAGCGAGGACGCCUGCCUUCAAGUAUGCUGUUCGCGCCAACCUAUCCAUACAUCCCUCUAUGCCAGCCGCUUAGCAACCAAAACGGCGUUAGGCUGGGCUUGCUUGCAACGAGGAAGUGAGCCUUACCCUCACCGGCUCGUCGCCUAGGUCAACGCUUUGCAUGCUGCGCGUCGACCAUGAUCGACCAUCAAUGGAUCAUCGGGGGCCAACGUAGUAAUGACCGAAGAGGCUGUGUAUCUAAGCGUCAGAGGGAUCAUGCCAGAGGCCGAGAUGCCAUUCGGGAACGAGCUACCAGGACUGGCCCGUCUUCAGAGGUAUCGUCAGGUUUCAGGCGCAAUGCAACCUCCCACCGGCUUCUACUUUCGGCUCCCCACGACGAUGAGCUCUCCUCAUCCCUGUUCCCGCCUCUCUCCAACUCGGGCCGCUCGCUGACGAACGCCGCCUCUGCCCACCUCAGCUUUCGCACCCUUAGGUUCUUCCUACCGUAUGCUCGAAACGGCGAACCAAUCGACAUUUGAUCUGGCCACGGUGCCACAAAUCGAAACAUUGACCGGGUGGAGACGAGUAUCAUUGUCAUGGCAAACGAUUCCACUUUUGUCGUGUGUCGACGAGAUACGUUGUAUGUAUUCACACGUUAUUUACUUAUACAUUGUGAUAUAUCGGGGGCAAAAACUUCGAACUACAUGUAAAGUGUCUAGGGUAUCUAGGCACACUAAGGUACAGCUGUAGGUAGAAUAA